GUGCCCCCCCCCCAGCCCCGUGUGGGAGCUAGAAGCUGCUGCAGAGAUUGCUGAGGGGGGGAUGAGGCUGUGAGCGGCUGGAGGAGCGAGAGGGAGCCGCAUUCUUCAGCAUCACAAGUUGCAGGGUUCUCUUCUCUGGCCUUUCUUAAACAUGGUGCAGCAAAGCAAGGCUGCGGACACUCAGAGCGGCGGCGGCGGCGGCGGCAUCGCGUCUCGGGAAGCGGCAGACAGCGGCAUCAGUGACAUGAGUGCAGCUUCCAGCCCGAAUCCCGGCUUCUCCCCAGCCCCUUCUGCGGAAUCUCUCUGGGCCAGCGGCUCUGCCAAAGGAGAGGAGGAGGCGAGCUGUAACCCUGACUGGUGCAAAACCCCGAGCGGGCACAUCAAGAGGCCCAUGAACGCCUUCAUGGUGUGGUCCCAGAUCGAGAGGAAAAAGAUCAUGGAGCAAGUGCCGGACAUGCACAACGCCGAGAUCUCCAAGCGCCUGGGCAAGAAGUGGAAAAUGCUGAAGGAGACCGAGAAGAGCCCGUUCAUCCGAGAGGCAGAGCGCCUGAGGCUAAAGCAUAUGGCGGAUUACCCCGACUACAAAUACAGACCCAGGAAGAAGGUGAGGGCAGAGGCUGGAGCAGGAGCAGAGGACAAGAGCUGCCGAAAGGAGCCCAAGUCCUUCAGGAAACACAGCCGCCCCCAGAAGGGCAACUUCACCCGCCUCAGGCCCCUUUCUUGCAACCCCCACAUCUCCUACCUACUCCUGCUCCUUUAAUAAAUUCAACUGUUUUUUCCAAA